AUGGGCUCAGUUAGUUCUUCAACAAACGAUGUCAUCGCCAGCCUCGAUGCCGUGAACCCUAGUCAAUUCGGCGGCGAUGAAGUCGAGCGUCUUCGUGUCCGUGCAGCUGCGCGUCGUUUACUAGCAAGAGUCGAGACACCAUACGAAAGAGCAUGGGGUUUUUGUUUUGAGCAUCCUGCCGUUUUUGCGUCGCUGCAGACCGCGAUUGACUUGGGAAUCUGGAAGGCCUGGACUAAAGAAGGUGGAGGGAAGAAGACGAUUGAUGAGUUGGUCAAGUUGACUGGGAGGGAUGUUGAGUCAGACUUGUUAAGGCGACUUUUCCGUCUCUUGGCUGCGUUUUAUGUGGUCGAGGAGACAGACGUGGAUACCUUCAAGCCCACGCCGUUCUCUUAUGCCAUUGGUGAUGAAAGUACCAAGGUCCGAGCGUCACUCGAAGCAGCAACCUACCAGUACAUCUCAGCAGGACAGAAUCUCCCCAAAUACCUCGCCAAAAUAGGCUACAAAGUCCCUACAGCAGCAGAAGACAAUAACUAUACAGGUAGUGAUCCCGAUGGCCUCAACUUCUUCGGUCGUCUUCAGAAGAGCCCAGAGUGCUAUGAAGCUUUUACAGGUCACAUGGAGGCCUGGACGUCUUGGAAAACGCCCUGGACUAAGAUUUACGAUCCUAGCAAGUUGGUCGAAGAUGCUGAGCUGAGCAAACCGCUUGUUGUUGAUAUUGGCGGUAAUACUGGCAUUGAUAUCUCUCGCGUUCUCAAGGCCAGGCCGGAUUUGCAAAAGGGGGCUUUGGUGCUGCAGGAUCUACCGGAGAUUAUUGAGCGGGCGGAUGUUGAUGAGAAGAUCACGGCUAUGGUGCAUGAUUUCUUCAAGCCCCAGCCUGUAAAGGGAGCCCGGGCGUACUUUAUGCACGCUGUUCUUCACGACUGGCCCGAUGCCCAAGCAACUCAGCUCCUUCGGAAUACCAAGGAUGCUAUGACAAGGGGCUACUCUAAGCUCUUCGUCUACGACAUCGUGUUGCCGCCAACUGGGGCUAGUAUUAGCCAGACUACCAUGGACGUUCAGAUGAUGUCUCUUCUUUCAGCCUCUGAGCGAACUAAGAGUCAGUGGGAAGAAUUGCUGACCGGGGCUGGGUUCAAGAUUGUCAAGUUCUGGCCUGAUCCUCAGCAGUAUGAGAUGUUGAUUGAGGCAGAGAUUGCAUGA